UCACAAUUCCUUGUGACUUGGUGUUAAAGAGUCGAAGCUAUCAACACGUGCAAGUUCAUUUAGAUGCCCAAGAGAAAAAUUCAAAUAUAUUAGUGAAAUUUAAAAAAAGAAACAUGAAAAUAUAUCCUGAAUUAACCAAUUCGAGACCAGAAUUCCGUGUAAUACCCGAGGAGUUAAAUGAACAUUUACACGCCUUGGGAGCCCCUCAUUUAGAUUCAUUCAAUGAACUGUUGGAAUAUGGUUUGAAAAAUAUUACCAAACAUCUACAGCCAUGUAGUUUUCUAACGCCAGCUGGAGAAAAAUUGGAAAUGUAUAUACAAGAUAUACAAAUAACAAGGCCGCAAGUACCAUUCUCUGUUGUUGAUGUUAAAGAACGUAACAUCUAUCCAACAGAAGCACGGCAGCUACACAAAUCCUAUACUGGCUUGUGUUCGAUAAAAGUGGGUUGGCGUGUGGAUGGCAUUGAAAAGGCACCCAUUGAUGUUGAACUGGGUGAAAUUCCAAUUAUGUUAAAAUCGAAUGCCUGUAAUUUGGGUAAACUAAAGCCCGAAGAAAUGGUCAAGCGUGGUGAACAUGAUUCCGAAUGGGGUGGCAUUUUCAUUAUAAAAGGUAAUGAAAAAAUCAUACGUAUGCUGUUGAUGAGUCGUCGCAACUAUCCAAUUGCCAUUAAGAGAAGUACCUGGAAAAAUCGUGGUUCCAAUUUCAGUGAAUUGGGUAUAUUGAUACGUUCCGUGAGGGAGGAUGAAACAUCGUACAACAAUGUACUACAUUAUCUCAACAAUGGUACCUGCAAAUUUAUGUUUUCCAAUUUGAAAUUCAUGGCAUAUGUACCGAUCUGUUUGAUCAUCAAAUGUUUGGUUGACUACACCGAUGAAGAAAUCUAUAGACGCUUGGUACGUGGCUAUGAGGAUGACCAAUACUAUUUGAGUUGUGUUCAACAAAUGCUGCGUGAUGUGCAUGCCGAAGGUUUACACACAUCCGGUCAAUGUAAAGAUUAUGUUGGUCAAAUCUUUAGGUCGCGAUUCCCCGAGCUACCAAGUUGGAAAACAAACACUGAGGUCGCUGAAUUCAUUAUGGACCAACGUGUUUUGGUACAUCUGGAAACGAGCAAAGAAAAGUUUGAUUUAAUUGUUUUUAUGAUCCAGAAGUUGUACCAAUGUGUCCAGGGAAAUGCAAAAGUUGAAAAUGUGGACUCAGUUAUGAUGCAGGAGGUGUUGACAUCAGGAAGUUUAUAUCAAAAAUUCCUGACAGAUCGCCUAGAUAUUUGGUUGCAGUACGCCAAAAAGACCUUGCUAAAGAAACUCAAUGCUCCCGAUGUUUUGGUGAAUGCCAGCAUCAUGUCAACCGCCUUGCGUAGUUCAGGUGGUAUAAGCCGAGCCAUGGAAUCAUUUUUGGCAACAGGUAAUGCACCAUCUCGUAGCGGUCUGGGUCUAAUGCAAAGUUCGGGCUUAGUAGUCAUGGCUGAGAAUAUUAACCGCAUGCGUUAUAUGUCACAUUUUCGUGCUGUGCACAGAGGUUCCUUCUUUACCACCAUGCGUACAACAGAGGCUCGUCAAUUGCUACCAGAUGCCUGGGGUUUUAUUUGUCCUGUCCACACUCCUGAUGGUACACCAUGUGGUUUGUUAAAUCACUUGACAGUUACAUGUCGCAUAUCCACAAUGCCCGAUAAGAAAUUGGUUGAUAAUAUACCAAAAACUUUGGUUGAACUGGGUAUGUUGCCUGUCGAGUCCGAUUUAAAGGAUCCCGCUGGCAAAUUGUUUGUUGUCUUCCUAGAGGGAAAGCUUUUGGGUUAUAUACGCCAAGCGGAUGCUGGUAAAAUUGUCGAUAAUUUAAGGCUAUUGAAAAUUGAAGGCACUUUACCCGAAAUGAUGGAAAUUGCCUAUGUGCCGUAUAAGAAAAAGGGACAGUUUCCUGGCCUUUAUUUGUUUGUUGGACCAGCACGUCUAAUGCGUCCCGUUAGAAAUCUGGCUUUGAAUAAAAUUGAGUUCAUUGGGUCCUUGGAACAAGUUUACAUGGAUAUUGCCAUAGAUGCAAAAGAAAUGUAUCCAGGAUUUACCACGCACAUGGAAUUGUCUAAAACAGAUUUCUUAAGUAAUUUGGCCAAUUUGAUUCCCAUGCCGGAUUAUAACCAGUCACCACGUAAUAUGUACCAGUGUCAGAUGGGUAAACAAACCAUGGGUACACCAUGUCUAAAUUGGCCCAAACAGGCUGCCAACAAAUUGUAUCGCAUACAAACACCGGGAGCACCAUUAUUUAGACCUGUCCAUCAUGAUAAUAUACGCUUGGAUGAUUUUGCCAUGGGCACAAAUGCUAUUGUUGCAGUAAUUUCCUAUACCGGCUAUGACAUGGAAGAUGCCAUGAUUAUUAAUAAAUCGGCCCAUGAACGUGGCUUUGCUUAUGGCUCGAUAUACAAAUCGAAAUUUCUAGAAAUGCGUGGUACCAAUUAUUUUGCAAGAAAUCCUAAUAUGCCUGAGCUAAGUAAAACCUUGGACAAUGAUGGUUUGCCGCAUCCUGGGGCAAAAUUAUCAUAUGGAAAUCCAUUUUAUAGUUACUUUGACACAGAAGAGUCCACCUAUAAAUUAGUGAAAUUGGAUGAAAAGGAAGAUUGUGUUGUUGACAGUGUACGCUACUGCGGUAGUUUCAAGGCAACCGAACCGCGCUUGGUUUGUGUUACAUUGCGUAUACCACGUCCACCAACUAUUGGAGAUAAAUUCGCCUCCCGUGCUGGUCAAAAGGGUAUCUGCUCUCAAAAAUAUCCUGCUGAAGAUUUACCUUUCUCGGAAACCGGUCUGAUACCAGAUAUUGUCUUCAAUCCUCACGGCUUCCCCUCUCGUAUGACAAUUGCUAUGAUGAUCGAAACAAUGGCGGGAAAAAGCGCUGCCCUGCAUGGUCUUGUACAUGAUGCUACACCAUUUAGAUUUUCCGAAAAACACACGGCCAUUGAUUACUUUGGAAAACUAUUAGAGGCUGGUGGUUAUAAUUAUUAUGGUACGGAACGUUUAUAUUCCGGCGUGGAUGGCCGUGAAAUGACUGCGGACAUUUUCUUCGGCAUUGUCCACUAUCAACGUUUGCGUCACAUGGUAUUCGAUAAAUGGCAAGUACGUUCCACCGGUCCAGUUGAUGCCAUUACCCAACAACCCAUCAAGGGUCGCAAACGUGGUGGUGGUGUGCGUUUUGGUGAAAUGGAACGUGAUGCCCUAAUAUCCCAUGGUGCUGCAUUCCUAUUGCAGGAUCGUCUGUUUCACAACUCAGACAAGACACAUUCAUUGGUCUGCAAUAAGUGUGGCAGUAUAUUAGCGCCCUUAAAGAAAAUUGUGAAACGUUCACAAAAUACCGGAAAAUUACAUUCAGUACCGGAUACAUGUCGUUUGUGUGGAGAUGGUUCUGGUGUGGGAUACAUUGAAAUUCCCUGUUCGUUUAAGUAUUUGGUAACAGAAUUGAGUUCGGUAAAUAUAAAUGCAAGAUUUAAAUUAAUGGAAAUUUAAGGCGAACUUGUAACAGACUAUAGUUUUUAAUUAGUUUAUCUUAAAAAGAAA